CGCCGUUCGGAGUUCUACAAUCCCAAAUAGCAUCGUCAUCGCAAAAUGCAGGCGCUCCUACUCCCCGCGCGGGCCGCGCCGCCGCCGCCGGCGAUCCUUCGGCAGCGUGCGGUUUCCGCGUCCACGUGUGCGUCGCAGGGCUGCCGCCUCCUACUCGGUGCCUCUGGUUGUCUCAGCUGUGGGGUAAGAUCUCGGCUGCGCCUCACAGUGGUGGCGGCGUCAUCGUCCUCGUCGGGACCGCUAUACCCGACGCCUCCACCCACCGAGGAGGAGGUGGAGCGGGUCAAGCUCGAGCAGGUUAUGAGGAGACUAGAGAAAACAGCAAGGUAUUUCAAGAAUUUGGGUACCCUGGGGUUCUGGUCCCAGUUGGUGUGCACAAUUGUCUCUGCUGGAAUUUUGGCAUUCUCUACAGUUGUAACGGGGAAGGUGACAGCACCCUUUACAUUCUAUGCGACUGCUGCUGGUAUUGCUGCUGCUUUUAUCUCAUCCUUCUGGUCAUUUGGUUACAUCCGUCUCUCUGAAAGGCUUAGAAGAACAUCAAAGGAACCUGCUAAGGCUCCUCCACGCGCCGAUGUUGUUAAUAGCCUGAAAAAUGGCAUUGUGCUGAAUAUUCUCGGGAUGGGCGCCGCUGUUCUGGGCAUGCAAGCCACCGUUGGUGCUUUGGUAGCAAAAGCUCUCACAACCUCUGCAGUUCCCUAUUAUCAGGCUGCUGCUCCAGGCCAAAGCCCUGUGUUGGCCUUAGAUGUUUUCCUAGUUCAGGCUUCAGCGAACACCAUCCUGUCGCAUUUCCUCGGGCUGGCGAGCUCCCUGGAGCUGCUGCGCUCGGUGUCGCUGCCUCCAGCAGAAGCUGCCGCCCCUGCCGGGGCCUGAGCCAUGGCCCGUGGGCGGCAGGGUCAAGGAAGAACCUUCGUUCCCUCGGCGGCGGCGGCUCUGGUAGACGUAGACGCUCUCGCUGUUGCUGCUCCGGAUUGUGUGUACAGCUCGCAUCAAGCUUGGUACAUACUACACACACAUCGAUGCCUUGCCCUUCGGUUCAGCUGGAACCAACGUGUCUGUCUGCCUAGUUCCCGCCGGGCGUGAGGCGAGCUCUUGCAUGAGCACUUGCGAGUUGCGAAUCACAUGAUGUGUGUGGCGCAUGUUUGCUGUACAAGUGAGCGACUGGGUUCCCUCCUAGUCAUUGUACCCGCUUCGCUGGUCGGGUAUAAAAAACGGACAGUAUAAAUAUCCAUUUUUUAUACGGAUUCGGGCCCCUUUAAGUCUAGUUUGGGAACACCAUUUUUC